GCACAAAAAAAGUCCGUCUCCCAGGUCUCCCCCGAUGAGGAAGUAGUCACUAAUUCACAGAGUGUUCUCUUCCUUCCUCUUCAUAUGCUUUUUGUUCCCAUCAGGGAGCAGCCACUUCCUUCAAUGAGUGACAUGGGCACACUGACUUACUCACUCACUCACUCAGUGUGUGAAUGCAGCUCUCUCUCUCUCACACACACACACACACACAGAGGCAGAGACUCGGUGCUCCGAUCCACCACCUGUUGGAUGUGACGUUGCCACGGAGACGCUGACAAGUAAGGUGCCCCCCCCCUCUCUCCAGUCCGAUAGAGCUGAGUAAGGUGGAGGAGAGGAAACACGUCCGCCAUGGAGCAGCAAAUGCAGCAGCACGCCAAGGUGGAACGGUUCCUCAAGCUGGGAUACUCGCACAGUGACAUCCUGAGGGUGCUGGAGAGCCUUCGCCACGACGCGCAGACCAACGAAAUUCUCGCGGAGCUGAUAAAGACGUGCCACACCCCCAGUGGCGACACGAGCCGCCCGAACAGCCCCACGCUGGUGUCCAGAGGCUGCAGCCCCGCUCUCGGUGCACCCAGACCGGGACCGGACCGGGAGCCCGUCGCUGACUUCAGACCAGUGGUUAUAGAUGGAAGCAACGUGGCCAUGAGCCAUGGCAACAAGAAGGUGUUUUCGUGCCAGGGCCUCCAUCUGGCGGUGAGCUGGUUCUGGGACAAAGGGCUGCGGGACAUCACUGUGUUUGUCCCCCUCUGGAGGAAGGAGCAGCCGCGGCCUGAGGCGCCCAUCGCAGAUCAACACGUCCUCCACGAGCUGGAGAGGAGGAAAAUCCUGGUGUACACGCCAUCCCGCUGUGUGAACGGCAAGAGGGUGGUGUGCUACGACGACCGCUACAUCGUGAAGCUGGCAUUCGACUCCGACGGCAUCGUCGUGUCCAACGACAACUACCGCGACCUGCAGACCGAGAACCCCCAAUGGAAGAAGUUCAUCGAGGAGAGGCUGCUCAUGUACACCUUUGCUAAUGAUAAGUUCAUGCCUCCAGACGACCCUCUGGGUAGAAACGGACCCGGCAUUGAUGACUUCAUGCGGAAGAAAUCAUGGACCCCAGACAACAAGCUGCAGCACUGUCCUUACGGAAAGAAGUGUACUUAUGGAGUCAAGUGCAAGUUUUACCACCCGGAGAGGGCCAACCAAUCGCACAUGUCUGUGGCUGAUGAGCUGAGGGGGCUGAGAGACCGGGCCAAAAACUUCUCUCCUAAUUUGAGCCUGCAGGACACGCACUGCCGACCCGCCGCAUACAAGCCGUUGCUCAGGUACCCUUCCUCCAACCCUCCUCCGCCUCUGAGCUUCGAGGAUCAAACACACAGGGCUUCACCCAAUGAGCAGUUUGUCUGCCCAAGUCCUGAAGCGGACGAGGCCUUCGGGUCCAUGGAGGGUUCCAUGUCCAGGCUCUACAUCCAGGACGAUCCCUACAGCCCCUCACAUAGCUACAGCAGCGGAGUUGCGAGCUACAGCCUCGGCCAUGACGACUACUCCCAGUCAGGGUCCUUUGGUGGGAACAACCAGACGCCCUGCCUGGGCAGAGGCCCUGCCUACCUUACUCAAAACGGGACAAGGCCCUGCCAACGUCCCGCAUGCAGCCAAUGCCGGUGCUGCCUCCACAGGCCGCCCCACUACCAGCACCACCCGGCGUGGGGCUCCUGCCCCGCUCUGCCUCCACCCAAUGUGGAGCGUCCCGGCCGUUCCUCAGAGCAAUUGAUGAGACAGCCCUCCUACGAACAGAGCCACAGCCUGCCAAGGGACCCGUGGGCACAGAGCGGCGCCAAUAACCCGUGCAGCGAGCAGAGGAAAGGCCUGAGGAGCCAACUGAGCAACCUCUUCCCCCAGAGCACGGUGGAGCAAGUGAUGAACGCUCACCCGCACAUCUCCGACAUGAGGGAACUGAUUGUUCUCAUCCAGAGCUACAGGAACAGCCACAUCACCAUCUAGAUUAGAAAGUUACUUGUAUUAUACAUUUGACUCAAACUGAGUCCACAAUGAAGUCCUCUCUAUUAAGUGAAAGAAGCACCACUUGAGCAAAGUCCGUCAUUAAAAGUGGCUCAAGCCAUGAAAAUGUAGCAGACCGCAUGCUUUCUUUGAUAUAAAAGUGCAAUGCAAUACGUGCUACUUAUUGUAGUGAAAAUGGUUUAUUAAAGCAGCAUGUGUUGUUUUCUCAAGUUCCCUCAAAGUGAGGAGUUCUAUUCUGCGCUUGUGUAAAAAAAGUGCAGUGAACCGUUUUUUUAUAGGAAUUCUGUGUUUAUGAUUUUUCUGUGAAAUAAAAGCAUCCAAUUUAC